CCAGAACAGUCUCCUCCCUCCACCCCCUUCCUCCUUUCCCAAGCGCAGAGGUCCCCUCCUCUGCAGACAACAGCUGCUAGAUCCGAACGGGAGGAGUGCUUUUUGCAUUCCUGGCUGCCUGCUUGGGCUGCUGAAGGGGCUGCUGCCUUCUACCAGGAGAAGAAAAGGAUCUCAAAUCUUCCGGAUCACUUCCUCUCGUAGGAAACUAUUGAGCACAGGAAUAAAGAUGGCUGCUGAACCGGAAGACAAUUGCAUCAGCUUUGUGGAAAUGAAGUUUAUUAACAAUACACUUUACUUUGUAGCUGAAAACGAUGAAGACCUGGAAUCGGAUUACUUUGGCAAGCUUGAACCUAAACUCUCAAUCAUACGAAAUCUGAACGACCAAGUCCUUUUCAUUAACCAGGGACAUCAAGCCGUGUUUGAGGAUAUGCCUGAUUCUGACUGUUCAGAUAAUGCACCUCAGACCGUAUUUAUUAUAUAUAUGUAUAAAGAUAGCCUCACUAGAGGUCUGGCAGUAACCAUCUCUGUGCAGUGUAAGAAAAUGUCUACUCUCUCCUGUAAGAACAAAACUCUUUCCUUUAAGGAAAUGAGUCCUCCUGAUAAUAUUGAUGAUGAAGGAAAUGACAUCAUAUUCUUUCAGAGAAGUGUUCCUGGACAUGAUGAUAAGAUACAGUUUGAGUCUUCAUUGUACAAAGGAUACUUUCUAGCUUGUAAAAAAGAGAACGACCUUUUCAAACUCAUUUUGAAAGAAAAGGAUGAAUGUGGAGAUAAAUCUAUAAUGUUCACUGUUCAAAACAAGAACUAGAUAUUAAAACUGCAUGGUUUGAA